ACACACUGGGGGGAGUGCUGAGGUUUAGCUAGCCAAUUACCUAUUAAACUCACCGACUGCCAGUCUGGCCAAUAUACUGCACUAGAGGAGCAUUGCUUAAUGCUAGGUAGCUAACGAAUUGGCUAGCUAGCGAUUUAGCUAGCUCACUGAAGUAGGGCCCUAGUGUGUUUUUCCCAGUCUACAACUUGCCUUUGCCUGCCUAACUAUACUGCAGUCAUGACCGCGGCAGGAGAUUUUGGAAACCCUCUAAGGAAAUUUAAAUUAGUCUUUCUUGGCGAGCAGAGCGUGGGGAAGACAUCAUUGAUUACCAGGUUCAUGUACGACAGCUUCGACAACACCUACCAGGCCACAAUAGGAAUAGAUUUUUUGUCUAAAACCAUGUACCUCGAAGACAGAACAGUGAGACUGCAGCUUUGGGACACAGCCGGCCAGGAGCGCUUCCGGAGUCUGAUCCCUAGCUACAUACGAGAUUCCACCGUGGCUGUGGUAGUCUAUGACAUCACAAACGUCAACUCUUUCCAGCAAACCACAAAAUGGAUUGAUGAUGUCAGAACGGAGAGAGGAAGUGAUGUCAUAAUCAUGUUGGUGGGAAACAAGACUGACCUUGCAGACAAAAGACAGAUAACCACAGAGGAAGGGGAACAGAGAGCCAAAGAGCUGAAUGUUCUGUUUAUUGAAACAAGUGCAAAGACGGGCUACAAUGUCAAACAGCUGUUCCGACGCGUGGCCGCUGCCCUCCCUGGCAUGGAGAGCACACAGGACAAGAGCAGAGAAGACAUGAUUGAUAUAAAGCUGGAGAAGCCCCCAGAACAGCCCAUCAGCGAAGGAGGCUGCUCCUGCUAACUCUUUCACUCAUUCGCUCUCUCUCGUGUGCUUUGUUCUUGAUCCUUCUCACCCUGGUUUAUUCACUCCCCCUAUGUCUCUCUAUACUGCACCUUUUUCAUUCUGCUUGACUGCUCUCCCUCUGUCUGAACCCCUUGAAUCCUGACUCCUCCCCAGCCUGAAAGAGAAGAACACUACCUGUCCAUUCUUGUCGUCGUGGUAACCCGCUCUCACUGAGAUGACCUUAAGCUUAACAAGGCUAUUUGUGAAGGCUAUUUUAUUUCAGUUGAUCUUUCACUCUACUUUGGCAAAAUCCCCCCAAAAAUCAAGCACUGUAUCCUAUUUUUCUGUAGUACCGAAAUGUUUGGUUGCACAGUUGUCAAAUGAUGGCAGCCUGUGAGGGACCUAGACCCAUAGAUACUGAGUGGAAUGUUUCUGCCAUAAGUGGGUCCUAAACGGAUUAUUACAGUUUAGCAGCCCCCAAUCAAUAUCACUCACUGGGUGAAAGUUAAGCAUAACAACCUCCCUUUCUAAUGCCAGUCCCACCACAGAGCAGCCAUACAGUGUCACUUCACAGAAACAUGGCAUGACGAUACUAUAGGGAAACCACAAGAACUCACACACACAUAGUCCCACCACAGAGCAGCCAUACAGUGUCACUUCACAGAAACAUGGCAUGACGAUACUAUAGGGAAACCACAAGAACUCACACACACACACACACACAGUCCCACCACAGAGCAGCCAUACAGUGUCACUUCACAGAAUCAUGGCAUGACGAUACUAUAGGGAAACCACAAGAACUCACACACACAUAGUCCCACCACAGAGCAGCCAUACAGUGUCACUUCACAGAAACAUGGCAUGACGAUACUAUAGGGAAACCACAAGAACUCACACACACACAGUCCCACCACAGAGCAGCCAUACAGUGUCACUUCACAGAAACAUGGCAUGAUGAUACUAUAGGGAAACCACAAGAACUCACAAACACAUAGUCCCACCACAAUGACGUGACAUUAUACAACACAAGGGCAGUCUCACUACCACUACACGACAGUCCUUAAUUUGUCCCUUACUUUUCCUCACAAAUGAAUGAAGGCUAUCUUCACCUUGGCUGCCAUUUUUCUAUUAUCUCUUGGUUAGGUCUUUACUUUUUUCUAAAGAGUACAAUUAUUAUCAUAGAUGAAAAUAUAUUGCUUUGGAGAACAGUAGUGUUUACGAAAAGAUUUUUGUAUAUUGAAAUAAGUAUCAAAUUCAACACAAACCCAACUUCAUAAUAUAUGCAGACAUGCCUUUUAAAAGUGUUAAUUGUAGAGGGCUUCCAUGGUUUAGGGUUUUCCUAGCUUUGUUAGGUUUGUUAUAAUAUUGACACUUUAGAGUAAUUUCUUUUCUUUGCUUGUUUUUGUUUUGAUCUUUUGUUUAAUGAUAAUUAUUUUACAUGUUCAUUUAAUAAUGACUUGUAAUAUUUAUUUCUAAUAGAUCAUGUUUCUUCAUUUGUAUUAUUGUUAAUACUAUUAUUGUUGGGAUGAUCCCUAAACGGCUAAGAGUAUUUUGUCAACCACCUGAUUUUCAAACGUGUCCCAGCUCUUCUGGUGACAUCACUACCCCUCUACUCCACCCCAAAAUGCAAAUUUAACUGAAGAAAAAACAGUGCAAUGUUUGUAUUUUUUGGGGAGGAAAGUCCACUUUUUUUUGGAAGUCUCUUAGUUCGUAACCUUUUUUCUUUGAAAUGGUUUUAACUGGAUGUUAGAGGUAAACUGUAACUGCUUUGCGCCGCCACGUCUCUGUGCAAUGAAGCGCAUAAUUUGCACUGCUAGAAUUCAUCAGUGUCUUAUCAACAUCCCCAAGAAAGGUCUGCAUUUAGUAACUGAAAUGUUUUUGAUGGUUGAAUAAUAAAUUGAUAAAUACUAGACAAGGCAAUCUGGAAA